AGGAAUUACAAGUUGUAACCUUAAAUAAAAAACAAAACAAAAAAAAAACAUUAGGUUCCUGUGUAAGGCCGUACUCCAAAUGACAACUUUGUGUACGAAAGUGUACGAAAGCAAUAGGGUCUGUGUCCUAUCUAGUGCACUUUGUAUUGUAAGUGGUUUGGUUUCAGACAGCUUCUGAAACGUGACGUCACCGCUGCGUCUCGCUAAUCCAGCUAGCGUGAAUUUGGGCACCGGAAUUUUGACCACAAAAUUAUACUUCGUGAUUUUUUAUACAUAGUAUUACUUAAAUUUAGUCAAAUUAGGACGUGUUGUGGAGUAUUUAGCUUAAAGAGACGCUUUUAUCCACCGCUGACUGGUGUUUGAGUGUCACAGCAAAGGCCGCUAAAGCUGAGCUAAGUUUAAUUGGGCAACAUCGCACGUGCCAUGGAGAAUUGUGAAGAAGAUACCGUGCAACUUCAUGGCGAUGAAGAAAUCAUCGAAGUUAUUGAGUUGAAUGACACAGAACAGACACCAGCAGAUGGACUUGUGGAGGAACUGGAAGAUGUGGAUUUCACUGAUGCUGAAGGAAAUGCAGAUGAUGAAGGCUGGGAGACCGAGGAUGAGAUGGAGGCAGAGCAGGAUGACAGCGACCUGACGUUCAUCAAACACACCGGUUCUGUAUUCUGUAUCAGUUUGGACCCAGUAUCAAACAACCUUGCCAUUACCGGUGGUGAGGAUGACAAAGCUUAUUUAUGGAAUGUCAUUGAUGGGCAAGUGUUGUUUGAGUGCACAGGCCAUAAGGACUCUGUUACAUGUGCAACAUUUAGCCAUGACUCAAAGCUGGUGGCAACCGGAGACAUGAGUGGACUGAUUAAAGUGUGGAAGAUUGAUGCCAAAGAGGAGAUCUGGUCUUUUGAAGUUGGAGAUCUUGAGUGGCUGCAGUGGCAUCCCUGUGCGCCAGUGUUGCUUGCAGGUGCUGCUGAUGGCAAUAUGUGGAUGUGGAAGAUUCCAAGUGGAGAAUGUAAGACCUUCCAGGGACCCAACUGUCAGGCAACAAGUGGAAAAAUCCUUCCUGAUGGAAAAAAAGCAAUGGUGGGUUAUGAGGAUGGGACCCUGCGUCUGUGGGACCUUAAGCAAGGAAAUACAAUCCAUGUUGUUAAAGGUCAUGAUGGCCACCAGGGGCCACUGACAUCCAUGGAGUGCAACAAGGAUGGAUCUCUUGUUCUCACAGGAUCAACCGAUGGACAGGCUAAACUCAUUAAUACAUCAACAGGCAAGGUACUGGGUUCAUUCUCAGUUGGGAACAGUGAGGAAAAAAACAUGGAGGAUUCCAUCUCAGUGGAGUCUGUAGGAUUUUGUAAUGUGCUGCCCCUGAUUGCUGUGGCAUAUCUGGAUGGGACUCUGGCCAUAUAUGAUUUGACUACACAGAACCUUAGACACAGGUGUAAACAUGAGGUAGGGAUUGUCCAUCUUCAGUGGGAGCAGGCCUCAGCAGUGGUAGCUACCUGUAAUCUUGGUGGAGUUGUAACUUUGUGGGAUGCUCGCUCAGGAAAAAUGGUUGCAGAAUACCAUGGUCACACAGCAGAGAUCUUAGACUUCAAGCUGAAUCGAGAUGCGUCCAUGGCUGUGACAGCAGGUGGAGACCACAAAGCCAAAGUAUUCUGUCUUCAGAGGCCUGAUCGAUAGGAUGAGUGUCUUUCCAAAUGGAGUGCAAAACCCAGUUAGACUCUUUUCACAGCCCCAGAGAAUGGUCUUACCCUCUACUUGUUUUACAGAGUGAACCCAGCUGCAUCUCGGUUCUACAGACUACAGUUUUUACACAAUUAAAUGUGUGUUGUUGAUUACCAUCAAACUUGUAUGACUGAAUGGCAUCAGAAGCCUAAGACAUCCAGACUGUGAUUUUUGUUUUUGGAUGAGUCCUUCAGAAUUGCUUCAAUGUUUGCUUCCUUAAAUUUCACUUGUGGGUAAAUAAAUCUGAAAUUUCUACCACUUUCCAUGA